AUGGCAUCCUCUACAGAAAUAAAAGUGCAAACGAAGGAUAGGCCAUUCACAAUUAAGCAAUCACAAAAAUUGAUUAUGGAGCUUAUCAAGAUUUCCUUGGACUGUGUUGUGUUCUUGAGACACAUUUUCAACGAUGAGCAUUUUGUGGAUCAAAAGUUUGUCGUUGAUGUCAAUGCAUCAGAUAAUAAGAGAAAUUGGAUUAAAACUAAGCAAGUCAGGAGAGGAAUAAGCAACGAUGGUGAUUUAUAUUUAAAUUGGAUAGAAAAAGGCAUUUUCGAGUCUAUUAGUUUGAAGUACUUAAAUGCAUUACAAUUUGGAAUAUAUCUUGAUAGUAAAAAACCUCAAAGUCUCAUUGAAGCAUAUGUUUUUGAAAUAGAUUAUGACAAUUACAAUUUGAUGUUUAUAAGUGAUAAACAUUCUUCCAAUUCGAAAACAUCGAAUUUUGGAGCAAGGGAAAGAGUACAGAAAUUACUUCGCCAAAUAAUUGUUUCCAUUCAAGCUUUAGAACCUCUUCCAGCAGAGAAGUAUAUUUCUAUCAGAUUAAUGUUUAAUGAGAACUGCCCAAAAGAUUAUAGCCCGCCAUUCUUCAAUGAUCCAAACAGUCUUCCUCCGACGAUCUCCGUGGAAAAAGGUUAUCUCGAAAGCAAAAAUAAGAGCAUGUAUUCAAUGAAUACAGGCAUUGAUUCUGUUAGCGUUGAUUUUUUGACAGGUGUUGCUCUGGGACUGGAUGAAACUGAAAAUAUAGAUCCAUUUCUGACCGUCUUCCAUUCUUUGAAUUCACAUAAAACAAUUACAUCAGAAGAAAUUGAAUUUCCCAAAUAUAUCAACUGCAAUCCGCUUCCGUUAAGUCAAUUUCUCAAUUCAUGCAGCAAAGAUUCCCGAAAAGAACUUCCCUCAACGAUACCAGUUGAAACUCAGGACCUUGUCUCUCCGGAAGACUGCGAGUGUGGUGCUGACUACGAGAAAUCAGUACCUCACUUCAAAUGUGGUAAGUGCAAUCGUACUGUCCAUUCUUUCUGUUAUGGGGUUGUGAGUCACUCAGUGGCUGGUGGCACUUGCUACACUUGUAUGUUUGGAAAUUUAGAAGAAGAUUUGAUUUCUUUGAUGAGGACUAGAUAUUUAUGGAAAUACUUCACUAAUUAUGGUAUUCCCCAAUUUUCGCAAUUAUUAGGAAUAUUCAAGCUGCUUAGAAAAGAAAAUAACAUAGUCAAAAUUUUGAAUCUGCUUUUCAAAGAUAAUGUCUUGGCAACAUUUGAAAAUCCCAUAUUAAGAAAAGAUGGUGGCUUUCUAGUUGGCUGCGGCGUCUGGAUUCCCUCAAUCGGUGGCAUAGUAGAUAACACUGGAGUCGAAUUAAAAAAGAAAAAAAAAUAUUAUAUUGCCUUCGUUCCCAGAGUUAAGACAUACAUUAAGAACCUCAGCUAUAAUCAAAAGACGAAAGAAAUUUAUUUUGCCAAUGCUUUGGCCACAGCUGACGUUGUUAUAAGCAAAUUAGAACAAUUCAAAGAGCAGAGAAAAAGCAGUUUGGCAUUAUCUGAACUUGAACGCAGUCUGGAAAUUUUCAGUAGUUUCAACCUGCCUGAGAAUAUAGAAGAUCUCUCCAAGAAAAGAAUGAUGUUAGCUAAUAAGAGUCCGGCAUCUGAUGAGAUUGAUCAAUUGUCAUUUGAAGAUUCUUUGACAUUCUUGUCGCAGUCGCAAAAUUUAGAUCUUUUUUCUCCAAUCUCUAACAAGAAAAGGUUCUAUAGCGUUGAAGGCAAGCUGAGUCAAGCGAAAUCUAAAAGAUUGAAAAUACAUGGUAAUAGUAUGUAG